UCGCAGUCUCCUCCCGUUACUCGCGCGUGUAUCGAAAGCAUCUUUCUUGCUGUUGGCCUCGCUGAACCAAGAGGAAGAAAAAUCCGCUACGAUCUGCUCAUCGGCGAAACGAUCCAGUGUGUUUCCCGUCGUUUCGUUUCGUCUUUUGCAUUGUUGCGUCUCGUGAAAUGCGAGGACAACGCUUGUCGAAGGUCUCGUAAAACUUGAAGGCUUCGUCCGAUCAAAACUGUCAGCAGCUGCUCACCGAACGACGUCACGAGAAUCCGAUAUGCGGAUCAGGGAGGCCGUCGUCUCGUUGCCGCUGCAUCCUGGAGGACUGAACAACAAUCAGCUUCGUAGGAGCGAGCAGAACCAGCCGAUCAGCGAGGAAAUCGAAAAUCGCAACGACAUCUCGUUGACGAACGCUGCCUCGGUCACCAGGAGUUCCUCGUCCACCGAUUUCAUCUUGGAGGACAACGACGAUUUCCGUGUCGCCGAGGAUACCACCACGUGGUCAUCUCUCGCUAUCACACGCGAGAACGUGCAGAUCGAUACCUCGAACGAGAACGUGAACGACAACGACAACGACAACGAGAGUUUGAAUAACAAUCUGACGUCCCCUGGCAUACACAGAAACAGUUCCGACGAGAGCCUCACCGAUUACGAAGGGCGUAACUCUUCUCGCGAAGACUCGUUUCAUGAGUGGACACCGCCUGAUUGGUCCGGCUGUUCCGAGGAAAGAAGUCCUCUUUCUGGUUGGCGUGGUAUCGUCAACCCUAACUAUUUAGGCUUUCAACACCUGAAACCGUCUCAAUUGUGGCCAACGCAUCUGAACGAAGACGAACUGGAUUACCCGUGGCUCAACGACUUCGACACGCGACUUACCGAAGAGGACAACUACCUGUGCGUGCAGGAGAACGAGAAGAAGAACUUUUACAAGAAACCUUAUAUAAUACCGACAGCUUCACAAUUGUUCACACCGGUGUUGCUUCAAAGUAUAAAUCGCGCUAAAAGUGCUGACGACACAGAAACAGAAGAAAAGGGGCUUUCAGAAAAAUCAGACGUGAUAAACGAAGAGAUUGAAGCGAAACCGUAUCUUAAACCUAUCUUAGUGGAUGGUGUUGUACAGGGAUGGGAGUUGCUCGAUGAUGAAGAAGCACUCCCUGACCCAACUGCGGAGAACAGCACCCAAGUGUCAACGGCGAAGUUGCAAGAGGAACAAGAACGAAAGCUUCCCGUUGAGACUGAGGUCGAUGAACUGGCCAGUGUAAAAGAAACUCCACAGUAUUUUGAUAUUCUGGAUUCGGGAAAGAGCAGUAAAGUCGAGACCCCACCCUCGUGCGAUUCGGAGUCUCUCAAAGAGGAAAGUAUCGCUGACGAAGCCAAAACCGAGGAAAAAGUGUCUGAAAAAUCGGAUGUGACAAACGAGGGUGUCGAAGCGGAACCAUAUCUCAAAGCUUGGAAAAAGAUCUUAGUUGAUGGUGUUGUAAAGGGAUGGGAAUUGUCUCUUGGCGAUGAAGAAACACUCCUUGACCCAGUGACGGAGAACAGCACCGAACUGUCAACGACAAAGUUGGAGGAAAAACAAGAGCGUGAAGUUCCCGUUGAGAUCGAGAUCGUCGAACUGACGACCAGUGUGAAGGAGACUCUACAGUUUCCAGAGAUCGAGGAGAUACCGGACUCCGGGAAAACCAGUGAGGUUGGAGAGACGGAGGAUAUCGUGGUGGAGCACAUCGACCUGAUCCGCGAGGCAAAGGAAUUGCCUCACCAGGCCCGUUCCAAAAUAGGCAACCGUCAGACGAUCACGUCGAACGGCUCGGCCGACGACGACUCGGAAAGCAACACCGACACGGACAGUUACCCCGAAGAGCAACCCACCUACACGAAGCUCGAGGAGAUCGAUCUGUUAUCGAGCAUCGGCCGGGACAUCGGGGUCGAUCUCGAGAAAUACGUGCAACCGGUACCCGACGUGGUCGCCAUGGAGGCAAUGGACCCUGUUCACGCGUCCUCGCGAUCCUCCCUGAACAUGAUGAAAGACAACAUCGAGGAUACGAACAAAUUGUUGGAUCGUGAUCUCCCGGAGGCAUCUAGCGCCGAUACCAGGAAGAAAGAGAAGAUGGCGAGGAACCAAGCGAAAAGGAGACAGCAACAACAACAACAGCAGCUUAGAUCCUCGAAUGCCCACAGACGUCCUGAUAAGAGGAGAGCUGAUGUGGAUAAUGGACCAGGUGGUUUCGACGUAUACAACAUCGAAACAGCGAUGCCGAAGAUCGACCUGGACGCAAUAGAAUCUCAUUUGAGAGCUGCUCGUGAAGAAGAGCGACGGCGACGAAACGACCGUGAAGAGAUACGACGGAGGUUGGCCAUGGGUCCAGACGCUGAAGACUUGCGCGCUGAACGCGGAAGAAAACCGAGCCUCCAGUCGCGGCUUCAAAGCGGUAUGAAUCUUCAAAUCUGCUUCAUGAACGAAACACCUUCAGACACGGAGUCUCCGUGUUCGGAGAACGACGUAUCUCCAGAGUCCACACCGACUUCAUUAGGUUCGAAGCAACAACACCAUCAGCAACAACAAAAACAACAAAUGCCAGUUAGACCUCAAGUGCUCAGUCUUCCUUCUUUAAGGCUGGAGACUGGUUCGAGUUCAGCCCCGAUAGAUGAAGCUGACUUUUUCGCCAAACAAGCUAGAUUACAGACUGAAGCACGAAUGGCUCUAGCACAGGCAAAGGAAAUGGCGCACAUGCAAAUGGAAGUUGAGAGGCAAAGGCUGAAACAGAGUCCCAUUACGGAGAUGGUGCGAUCCAGCUUGGAAAAAGUUGGCGUUCAAUUGGGAGAGGAUAGACGCAGAUUGUCCCGAGUACUUUUAACAGAUCUAAACGUCGCACAGCUUCAAGUAGUAGCAAAUGACUUGCACGCCAGAAUCGCAGCCCUAAACGAGGCGCUGGUCGAAGGACUUUUAAGAAGGGAUGAUCUACACAUGGAGCAAGACUCGAUGCUCGUCGACGUGGAAGAUCUCACUCGAUAUCUCUUCUGCUGCGUUCACAUGCACAGAGGUGCCAAGCAGGAGUCGUUGAAGAAGAAGCAGAACGCGAGGGAGCAGCAGGCAGCGAGCAGAAGUCAUCAGCAAACAAGCACCGGUCCGAACAAAUCGUCGUUGAAGCCGAAGCUGACGCACCGCGGUUUCGUCUCGUUGGUAAGAAAAUAAUGCCUCGC